ACUUUUUGCUGCAAUUGAUAAAAAUAAAGACGAGGAGGCUCGCAAGCAAUGAAGGAUGAACCCCAGAUGCCUUUUCUGCUCCCUUCUUGACUCUUUUGCGAAGCAAAUCCUUCACAACAAUGUCGUCUGCAGAUGCAGGGGCUGACACUCGUCCUGUAUGCUUUUCCAUUCAUUCAAUGAAACUUAAACGCUCACCAUGAGGACCAGUAACACGCGUUUGCGCGAAGGCAGAGAUGCUCCCAUCGCCAUUGAUUUGGACUCCGAAGAUGAUGAUGAUGAUAUCGAACCUCAGUUCGGUUCGAUGGUGGUGGUUCCCAUACUGGGCAGUGCUGUUGUUCCAGAUCCGCCACUGGUGGAUCACGACGAAACAACUUCGGUUCUGCAAAUUCCAUCACAGCCAACAAGAGGAGCAUUUUGGGGCGAAACCAUGAUUCAUCUCAAG